AUGCCCUCUCCAAGAACGAAGCGAGAAGUUCAAAGGCUCACAGGGAGAGUCGCUGCGCUAAACAGAUUCAUUUCCCGUUCUACCGACAAAUGUCUACCUUUCUACGAUACCCUUCGAGGAAAUAAGAAGUUCGAGUGGGACGAGCGUUGCGAAGCAGCUUUCCAGGAGUUGAAAAGUUAUCUGGCGAGCCCGUCGAACCUGGCGAAACCAGUCGAAGGAGAAUCCCUCUUCCUCUACAUCGCCGUAUCCGCUACGGCCGUGAGUGGGGUGCUGAUAAGAGAAAAGCGAUCCGAGCAGAAACCCAUCUUUUACGUCAGUCAGACACUGACCGAUGCCGAGACCCGUUACCCCCAGAUCAAGAAGGUCGCCCCAGCCGUUGUAGUAUCGGCUCGCAAGCUGCGUCUAUAUUUUCAAUCACACUCGAUUAUUGUGCUCGCUACCCUUCCGCUGCGCUCGAUCCUACACAGCCCAAGCCAAUCUGGGCGGCUCGCCAAAUGGGCCAUAGAGUUGAGCGAGUACGAUAUCGAGUAUCGGAGCAGGUCAUCUGCGAAAUCACAGGUGCUCGCAGAUUUUCUCAUCGAACUUCCGACCAAGCCGACGACCGAGCCAACCCCAGACGAAGUGUGGAUACUGCACGUCGACGGCUCGUCGUCUAAACACAGCACGGGAAUAGGAAUCCGUCUCACCUCUCCCACUGGGGAAAUAUUGGAGCAGUCUUUUCACCUGAACUUCCACGCCUCGAACAACAAAGCAGAAUACGAAGCACUGAUCGCUGGCAUACGACUAGCACAGGGAAUCGGAGCUCGAAAGAUAAGAGUCUUUUGCGAUUCACAGCUCGUAGCAUGUCAAUUCAACGGAGAUUCGACGAGUUCGAACUCACACGAAUACCCCGAGGUGUUUACCUCGGCGGACGCCUUAGGAGCACUUGCUUCAACUUCAGACCCGGAUCUCCGUCGAACAAUUCCAGUCGAAUUCAUCGAACGCCCGAGCAUAGAAGAGGUAGAAGAAGUUCGGCUGAUAAACCCUCCCGAGGAGGAACCAGAGAACGGCGAAGCAAUCGUUAUGGACGAAGACGCCUCACUAGCCGAGCUGGAGUACGGCUGUGACAAAGAAUGGCUCGGUGCCAUCCAAGUAUACUUCGCCGAUGGAGAAGUACCAUUCGACAAGUGGGAAGCCCGCAAAUUAAGGGCUCAGGCCGCGCGAUACGUCCUCGUCGACGGCGAAGUAUUUAAAUGGAGAUUUUCAGGACCGCUCAUGACAUGUGUUGAGGGACCGAAGGCAAGAAAGAUAAUGCACGAGGUGCACAGCGGCGCGUGUGGAAAUCGUUCUAGCGGAAGGUCACUUGCGAUCAAGAUAAAACGGCACGAUUACUUCUGGCCUACGAUGGUUAAGGACUGCGAGAAGUUUACGGCGAAGUUCACCGAUAACGGAUCCGAGUUCAUCCCAACUCGCUUCGAAGCUUUCUGCGAGAAAUGGAAAAUUCGUGUGAGCAAAUCUACGCAAAGAUAUCCCCAGGCGAAUGGACAAGCCGAAGCAGCCAAUAAAACGAUCCUAGACGGUCUGAAAAAGAAACUCGACGCCAAGAAAGGGCAAUGGGUAGACGAACUCGAAGGAGUCCUUUGGUCGCACCAGACAACUCCGAGCCGAGCCACUGGAGAAACUCUGUUUGCUCUUGUCUAUGGAACGGAAUGCGUAAUUUCCCCCGAGGUGGAUUUCCUAGGGAUCACUUAA